CCACACGCGUGACGCCGCUAAACGUUCGUGAAUCCAUCAUGGUGAUGGUUAAGUUACACUGCUUUCGUACGCACCGCAUUUACUGAUACGGGUAAUUGUUGGUCCCGCUAACCACUGUUCACUUUCAUCGCAGGAAACUUGUGACACAGAGGUUGAAAGAAAGGUAGAAAGACAACAUACGCGGUUUUUCAUUCCAAGCAUGAAAACACCUUCAUGGACUUUCUCCUGGACAAUUGACUUGAUUGCUUCAGUCUGUGCUGUUCACAAUAGCUUACACCGCUGUCAUAUGUACAGCAUUUACUGCGACUAUGGCACAAAUGACACCGUAUGUCGCACUGAUAUUUGCACCGGAGUCGAAUGCAAGGCAGGAACGGGGUUCCUUAUCCUCAACAUCCAGGACGACGAAUAUACCCUGAACUCCUGUUUUUCAUCUGCUCCUGUGAUACGGUGGCUAGGAACUGCAAACGAUGAGUCAAAUUGUCCUUUGACUGCGUCCCACAACAGGAUUCUCGGUCGAUGCAAGCGAGCACGAAAACAAUGACGUGAGCGACAGCUUCAGCGCGGAGCCCAUGUCUGAUAUCUGUGUGCAGGUAUAACUCGGCUUAUUGUGAUCGAUAUCGAUAUUCACAGCCUCAUCCACGAAGACUCCGACGAGUGCAACAGCGUGCGCGAGAAUAAUCCGCGGAAUGUAACAACGGGCCUGCGGGUUCCCUGAUAAGUUACUUAACUAGAAGCAGAAUAGGGGACGUUUAACAUACAUUUCACCGGGAGCAAUUGUGCAAGUGAUGUCGGUCACUAGCUAUAGUAGUACUGUCGAAAAACUCGUUCUGCACGCCAAAAAUGACAGUAUAUACAAGCGAGUCUACAGUUCAAGUUCGAGGGAUAGCA